AUGCGCGUCACCCUCCCCAGCAUCCACGAGAUGUUCCCCGAACACCUCGCGCGCACCGCGCAGCCCCCGACCCCGCCGCCCUACCGUCACGCGACCUACCCGACCCCGACGUCGCCGUCCUUCCCGUCCUCGCCGGCCUCGCCCCGCACCGCCGCCCAGUACCGCCAGCCCCACGGCCCCGAGUACAGCGCGGGCACCUACGCCCGCCCCCGCCCCUACUCGCCUCCCCCGGCCGCGGCCACGUACGGCUUCCACCACCCCGGCGCCCCCACCGCCUUCCCCGCGGUCUCCGGCACCACCACCGCCGCCUCCUCCCCCGCCGCCGCCGCCGCCGCACACAAGGCCGCCAACUCGCCCGCCUUCCGCGUCGCCAUGCACCCGCACCCGCACCCGCACCCGGCGCCCCCGCGGUCUCGGACGUCCGCGAUGCCCUCGCCGCCGCCCACCUCGGCCUCGGCCUUCUUCACCUUCGACUCGUCCGCGCACGCGCACGUCCACCCGGCCGCGGCGUCGACUUCGCAGGCGGUGCCGGGAGCGGCUGUUCUCGCUGGCACCGGCAGCCCGCCCCUGCUCGUCCCCGCCGCCACCGCCCGCUCGGCCGAGCACCCCGCGUCGCAGCGCCGUCGCGAGCGCAGGGAGCUCGCCAAGGUCCUCCCCGCGCCCUCGGCCCGCCCGCGCGCGGGCUCGACCAAGUCGGCCGCUUCGCCCGUCGUCGCCGCGAAGGAGGAGGGCUCUCCCGGCCAGCAGAGUUUUCAGCUCGGGUCGGCGUCGUCGACCAGCGAGGCCGACUCCGCCGCUCGCGAUGAAGAGGCGGCCGAGGCCGAGGCCGACUCGAAGCACGGAGACAGGAAGCACCAGUGCCCCGAAUGCAAGAAGCGGUUCAACCGCCCUUCGUCGUUGCGCAUCCAUUUUAACGUCCACGACGGUAACAAACCGUUCAAGUGCCCGUUCCCCGGAUGCGGACGGUUCUUCAACGUCAACUCCAACAUGCGCAGACAUUUCCGUAACCAUGGCCAGCCCUCGAUCGCGAAGCCAGGGCCGAACCACUUCCCCUACGACGGACAGGCCUCCUCGCCUUCGGCCGACGCCGCGCGGCCUUCGCAGUCGCCGCGUCAGCUUCAAAAGGCCUAUCCUCCCCUCGCCGUGUCCGACUCGAUGGACGUCGACGAAGACGAGGACGAGGAUAUGGCUUACAACGCUCCUCGACGCAUCAUUUCCUAUCGCGCCAGCGUCGCCGCCGCCGCGGCGGCGUCCUUCGUCGGACAGCCGCCGGCGCCUCGCCACAUCUCGCCCGCGUCCGAAUCGGGCUGGUCGCAAGACAGCUCCAACUCGUACGAGUCGUCGUCGAAUCACCACGGCGGCCACAUGCCGCUCCAUCAACGGUACUCGUACGAGCGCUCCCGAUCGCGCUCGCACUCGUUCUCUCCGGCGGGCUCGGACGCAGACGAGCGAUGACAUGGGGAGCAUAUGACCGCCCCCUUUCGCCUUCUCUUUCCCGCUGGCGCGGAUCCCCUCUUCCUUCCCUUUCGGACCCUUUUGCGGCCAGCUCAGCACGAGCCUUGCUCCUUUUGGGGAUGGCCGAUUCAGGGUCGCGCGCCGUGCUGUCGGAUCGGCGAGAUCGCCGCGGGGGGCUUCUCCGCGCGCCCCGAUUCCCCCUCUCAUCGGGAUUCUGGCGUAAAGAAACCCUCGCUCUGUUUCUAGUAUUCUUCGAUCGACUUUUGAUCUUACUUUGCUGGCCAUGACCGCCAGCGCCGUUGAUGGCGCGCGCGCGCGCCAGUAAAGUUGCUGUCACGCGCGGGCUUCCGGCUUUUCCGCCUCGCCCCGCGUUGGUCUCUCUCUCGGCCGGAUCCUUUCUUUGUAGUAUACAAUACAAUACGACGCAGGGCGCGCCGCAUAGAGUAGACACGACACGUCAAUCCGGAUACCGAAUGUAAUGAUAGCCCUUUCCCCUCUCCUUCACUCGCAUGUAGAGUUUACAUACCAUACAUCAUACUCACGCAUGCCAACGUAUACUUAACAUAUGCAACUUCGUCCACGGGCUUCCCGGUGUUUCUAUCUCAUUACGCCCGGGGGGCCCAGAUGCGUUUACGGUGGUUUCGGCGUUUUCUCUGUAAACGUUAUCGGCCGUCAUCAUGCGUCUUGUUAUAUAUAUAUAUACCCUGGGAUCCC